AUUGUUUAAUUGUUCACUUUGACAUAUUAUUCUGGUCCCACUCUUUCUGUCAUAGAUGUCACAUUUCACGUAAAUCCAUUUUAUUAAAAUGGCACAUCUGACAAAAUUCUCGUGUAAUCUGGCGCAAACGAUCGACAAGCUCAAUUCAACCCCGAUUCGAAGGAAUUUCUGUAGGGUAUACAAACCUCAGAGAAUUGACAAUACUUUAAAUAUCGAGCACGAAGGGAAUAGUUCCAUUAAUAAAGGAACCAAAGAAAACUUAGAGUGUCCAGUUUCGCUAAUCAAUGAAGCUGUCCAGAAGAGUAAGUUGAGUAAGGUGAACCCGCUUGAUUCGAUUAAGGGACCAUGUCAAAUUUGCAGAGAUUCUUCGAAGGAAACCGAAUUUUCAAAGGAAAAGGAGAAGAUUAGGGCAUUCAAGAUCAGGACGCAGAAAUCGAUAAUGCAGAAGAAAUUAGGCCUGUAAUUUUUUUAAUUUGUCAUAUUUUUGAGUAAAUGACUUUUUGCAUGGAAUAUUA